CUCCGCACCAUGACUGCCGGGGAUGGAGCAGAGAGGAUGGUGCCCAGGUGCCCGGUGCUGGCGCUGGCGCUGGCUGCCCUGCUGUGCAAAGUGGUGGAAAGCCGAGGAGGGGUCCUGGACAGCACACAGAGAUUUUCAAACCUGCCGGUAUAUCUUCCCAUGAGCUAUCACAUCUCCAGUGCUGAUGUUUCCUUCUUCCUCAAAGAAGCCAAUCAAGAUAUCAUGAGGAACUCCAGUUUGCAGGCGAGGGUGGAGUCAUUCUUUAUAUACAAAGCCAAGCAGCCACCUGUAGUAAAUGCAACGUACGGACCUUUUUCAGUAGAACAAGUUGUUCCCGAGGACCUAAUGCUGCCUUCUGCUCCUUUUGGUUUCACUAAUGAAUUCACAUUUAACUGGAAAUUAAAAUCACACAUAAUCGACAGCUCAAUAUAUUCCAACAGACCUAAAGUGCAAGCCUUGUUCUAUAUCGCGGGAAAGGACUGGGACGACUAUGAUUCUGCGGAGAGAUUGCCCUGUGUGAAGAUGUUUGCUUUCCUGGAGACUAGAGAAGCUGUGGCCAGCUGUAGGUUGAAAGGUCAUCUAGGAUUAUGUGUUGCAGAACUGGAAUUAGCGCCGAGCUGGUUCAGCUCGCCUCCACCAUUGGUUCUGGAGCAUGAGCAAACAGCAGCCUUUUUGGAAGGGAUUACUGUGGAGCUCUUCUAUAAGAUGUAUGCAACAGAUGGGGAGUGUUCUCCUGAGGAUGCAAAAUGGGAAAACAACAUACAUGCCGGUCAAGAUCAUGCACAUGAGGCUUUGCCGCCGGUGGAGAGGAUUGGUAGCAUCAUUGUUUAUCCAACUCAAGACAAACUAAAACAAUCUGCACUGAGGCUAGAUGAGAACAUCAUGAUCCACUUACCACUCAACCCUGUCAAGGAAGGUGACAUAGUAACCUUUCAUGUGUCCCUUACCGGUGACUCCCUUGCAGAUCAGUUUACCUUAAGAAUUAAGGCAGCACCAGGUGUGAAGAUAAUGGCCAUCAGAGUCAGUGAUGCAGACCAAUGGGGAAUUCAAGAGGAAGUAGACAAUGGAGGGAUGCAGACCACUGCCUCUGUUGUUUGUGUGCGUAAUGAUCCAAAUAUAGAGAGCAGAGCAAACAUCUCCUUCUAUGAGAUCUUGCAGAUGGACUUUGAAAUUGACAAUAGCAGUAGCCUGGCAGGAGCUCAGCAAAUUACCUGGCAGGUGGAAUACCCCAGAGAAGACUUGAUGAGCGAACUGGUGGUCUCCGAGAUCUUUGUCAGCCAAACAACAUUUGCGGGAAUUGUUCCUCUUGCAAUGGAUACAGAAGUCCUUAACACGGCCAUUCUGACAGGGAAGACGGUAUCUGUUCCGGUGAAAGUUGUUGCUGUGCACGAGGAUGGUUCCGUGAUCGACGUUUCAGAGUCCAUUGAAUGUAAAUCAGCUGAUGAAGAUGUCAUAAAGGUUUCUGGCAGAUGCGACUCCAUCUUUGUUAAUGGCAAGGAAAUGAAGAGCAAAGUGGAUACCAUUGUGAACUUUACUUACCAGCAUUUUACCACCCAGCUGGAAGUGACGGUCUGGGCUCCACGGCUUCCUUUGCAGAUAGAGAUCUCGGAUACAGAACUUAGCCAGAUCAAGGGCUGGAGGAUACCUGUCACCUCCAAUAAGAGGCCUACCCGUGACAGUGAUGAUGAAGAGGAUGAUGAGAGGAAAGGAAGAGGCUGCACCCUUCAGUACCAGCAUGCCAUGGUGCGAGUCCUCACACAGUUUGUAGCAGAGUCUUCCGAUUUUGGGGGCCAGCUGACCUAUAUGUUGGGCUCCGAGUGGCAGUUUGACAUCACGGAUCUCGUGACCGAUUUCAUGAAGGUAGAAGAACCUAAGAUUGCUAAAUUACAGGAUGGACGGGUGCUAGUUGGUCGUGAACAUGGGAUAACCACAGUUCAGGUGCUGUCGCCUCUCUCUGAUUCCAUCCUGGCUGAGAAGACAGUGAUUGUGCUAGACGACCGCGUAACAAUCACAGACCUAGGCGUACAACUAGUAGCGGGCUUGUCUCUGUCUUUACAAAUAAGCAAAGGAAAUAAGAGAGCUAUUGUUUCCACAGCAUCUGCUUGUGAUAUUCUUCAUACCCCAAAACAGGAAGCCAUAGUCAGUGCUUGGAUUUUGUUCAGUGAUGGCUCUGUGACACCUUUAGAUAUUUAUGACUCCAAGGAUUUUUCUGUCACAGUCACUUCACUGGAUGAAAUGGUGGUAUCUGCCCAGCACAACCUUCAGUCAAAGUGGCCUCUGGUAGUUGCAGAGGGUGAUGGGCAAGGACCCCUGAUUAAAAUUGAAAUGGUGAUCAGUGAACCUUGCCAGAAGACGAAGCGAAAGAGCAUUCUGGCUGUUGGUAAAGGAAAUAUCAAAGUGAAAUUUGGCCAGAAAGAGUCUGACCACAAAGGAAGGACCAACAACAUUGAUGAUGUAGAUAGAGAGUUUAACCAUCAUCUGAACAAUGCUAUAGAGAACACGGCAGAACAGGAGAGGACAGUGCAAGAAUGGGCCAAACAUGGAACCUUUAUCAAUCAUGAAGACAAUGCUAACAAAAGCACAACUUCCAAAUCUCCCAUUGAUCAGAACAAGGCUCAUGAGGAUGGCCUCCAAAAUAACCCAACUGCUUUCACAAGUUUUCCUACCCAAGUAGAGGUACCAGGACAAAAUAAUCCCAAUGACCUUGCGUUGACUUCUAGAGGGUUAACUGAUUUGGAGAUUGGCAUGUAUGCCCUGCUGUGUGUUUUCUGCCUAGCAAUUUUGGUCUUCUUAAUUAACUGCGUGGCAUUUGCUUGGAAGUAUAGACACAAAAGGUUUGCUGUGAGUGAGCAAGGCAACAUCCCCCAUUCUCAUGACUGGGUCUGGCUUGGAAACGAGAUUGAACUCUUGGAAAACCCUGUUGACAUUUCGCUCCCCUCAGAGGAGUGCACUACUAUGAUUGAUAGAGGGCUGCAGUUUGAAGAAAGCAACUUUCUCCUUAAUGGGAGCUCGCAGAAGACUCUCCAUAAUCAGAUCCUCAGAUCUUGUGAGUAUGCUUGUGAGAAAGAAGUUAAAAGUGAACCUAUAAAUCCUUCUGGGCCAAAACGGAAGCGGGUCAAGUUCACUUCCUAUACCACAAUACUGCCAGAGGAUGGAGGUCCUUACACCAAUUCAAUUCUAUUUGACAGUGACGAUAAUAUUAAAUGGGUAUGUCAAGAUAUGAAUCUUGGCGAUUCCAAGGAACUUAGAGACUAUAUGGAAAGACUGCAAGACAAUAUGUAAAAUACUUUCUUAUGUUUGUAUUCACCUUUAUGCCUUCUGUUUUACGGAUAGUGGAGCAGUCAGUCCAGUCAGCAAUAGGUUACAAAGGAGUCUAACUUUUGGAGGUUCUAAGACGAUAACUGCACAUCAUCGAGCGGGUACAAGAGGCUGGCUGAGCUAAUCCUGUUUCACUAUAAACCAGGAUGUGUCCCUGAAACAGCUACAUGUAGGUGUUGGAGGUGUCGCACAUGAUGGCUGUUUUCAUAUACUGCCUGGUACUAGCUAAAUGCUAAUACAAUUAUGCUCAGACUCAGCGGAGACUACAGUUGUUUGUCAACUCAUGAUAAACAGUGAUUCAGAAAACAAGGGAUUUUUUGGUUGAUUUUUCUAGUCGUCAUCCUUUGUAAAGCACAGUGGAUAUUUCUUGCGUACAGCCUGAGACUAGGCUUACUUUAAAAGAGAUCUGAAUGAAUCUGUCCAAUUUUAUUUGCCUAUGAGCAAUGCAGCCAAGUAGUCUCAUUAUAUUUUACAGCUACAAACACCCACAUGUGGUUAAUUUCUUAUCUGUAUUGUUUAUGAAGAUGGUUUGAUUUAGGGAACAUUAAAUAUUUUCUUUAGAGAUUUUUUUUUGAUUGUACCAAAGUGUUCCACAGUAUAUUUACAGUUAUUCAGGUUUUCUAUUCAUGUGCAUCAGCUCUAAAGGAUACCUCUUCAUCACUGAUUAUCUUUCUCCUUCCCAUGCAAAUCUUUAAUAUUUGGAAUGUAGAAACAAAUUAGAAAUCUCACACUGGAAAAGGGUUGUAUCUUUUUACAGGGAACUGUAUAUACACAACAAUAAACCCUGGAAAAUAAAAAUCAA